AUGCCAAUCAACCUUGAAAUACCAGUCUUCUCGCCCUCCUCAGCAUUGCACGCCCAGGCCCUCGGCGCGCAGCGCAUCGAGCUCAAUGCGCGCGGAAGUUAUCCUGCCGGCGGCACGACGCCGACGCUGGCGGACCUCGAGGGCGUGACGAAAUGGCUCACGGUGCCGUUGCGGAUCAUGAUCCGGCCGCGCGGGAAGCCGGCCGACGACGUGGACUUUGUCUACGGGGACGACGAGCUCGCGGCGAUGGCGAGCGACGUCGAGGCCUUCCGCGCGGCGCUACGGGCCGACCGGGGCGACGGGUUCGUGUUCGGCGCGCUGAGGAGGGACGGCGCGGCGUUGGCGGUCGACGUCGAGGCCAACCGAAGGCUCGUUGAGGCCACGGGUGGGCUGGCCUGUUCUUUCCACCGGGCCUUUGACGAAGUGAUCAGCUCUGGAGAGGAAGGGGACGUCGAGAAGGGGGUAAGUGACCUGGUGGCGUGCGGGUUUCAAGGGGUUCUCACCUCGGGUGGGCCGGGGACGGCGGCGGCGAACCGGAAGGUGUUGGAGGUGGUGGUGCGCAAGGCUAGCGCGGGGGCGAGGAGGCUGGAGGUCAUCCUUGGCGGCGGUGUGAGGAAAGAGAACGUUGGGAAGGUGGUGGGCGGGUUGGGGGACGGGGUGUGGGCGCACUCGAGCUGCUACGCUGGCAAGUGCGAGGAGGCACAGGUCGACGACGAAGAGGCUAUGGGAAUCCUGGAGAGGCUUGCUGAGAAGUAG